AGCUGCGGCGGUGCAGAUGUCGCUAUGGUAACGGUGAAACCCGGGUAACGGUCACAUGACUCGUGAGUGUCAGCUGACCACGUGCAGCAGAAUGGAGCGGUUACUGUGCUUCCUCGGGACGUUUCUUCUCUUUGACUCUCUUUAGUCUGUUACUGGCGGCAGGUCGGUGCCAUUAUACACGUCAUCUAAAGAAGUCAGCUGAAGGAGCCCAGCACUGUUGUGUAGUACAGAAAGUCCAAACAAGGAACCAAGAAGAGGAAGAGCCUCACAGAAGAGAUGUCCUCCUCCACGCCUCCUUCUGUCCUCCUCAAUACCGGGGUUCAGAUGCCCCUCCUGGGUUUGGGGACCUAUAAGUUGCGUGGUUCUGAAGGUGUCUACCGGGCUGUGGAUGCAGCGCUGGCUGCUGGUUAUCGGGCCUUUGACAGUGCAGCCGUCUACAGGAAUGAAGCUGACUUGGGCCGAGCGCUGAAGGAGCUCCUGCCCAAACAUGGCUUAACCCGAGAGGAUGUGUUCAUAACCAGUAAGCUGGGCCCUAAGGAUCAGGGGGAGAGGGCCAUGGAGGGAGCCCUCCACAGCCUGGCACAGCUGGACCUGGGUUACAUUGACCUCUACCUGAUCCACUGGCCUGGCUCACAGGGUCUGGUGGUGUCUGACCAACGCAACCCAGACAACAGAGCUCAGAGUUGGGCUGCACUGGAGGAGCUGCAUGCUGAGGGGAAGCUGAAGGCCAUCGGAGUGUCCAACUACACACCAGCACACAUGAGAGAGCUGAUGCAGAGCUGCAGAAUCCCUCCUGCAGUGUUACAGGUGGAGUUUCACCCACGGCUGUGCCAGACAGAGCUGAGGAGAGUGUGUGAGGAGUAUGGAGUGUGUUUUCAAGCGUACUCCUCAUUAGGACAAGCAGAGCUGGUCUCUGACCCUGUGGUCAUGGAGGUGGCAAAGACGUGUGAACGCACACCUGCACAGGUGUUGCUGCGCUGGGCUGUGCAGCAGGGCGUCCCGGUGCUCCCCAAGUCCUCAAAUCCAGACAGAAUAAAGGACAACUCCAGGAUUUUUGACUUCACACUCAGUAAAACAGACAUGGACAGACUUUCAGCUUUGGACUGUGGGCAGAAGUUCUGCUGGGAUCCAUCAGAAGUGGCUUGAUGGACCACUAGUGGAACAAACUGUCCUCCAUGCUGUUUCUUGAAUGCCGGCAGGACAACUGUCAUGUGAAGCCAACAGAGACAGUAGGAAACUGGAGGUUAGACACAGACAGCUCAGUUAAUCAAGUAUUUGUGUGUUGUCGGCAGGUUUUAAAUACAACUACCCAGCUAAUAAACUGAGGAUCCAGGUAUAACACCGGCCGA